CACAGAAAUGGGAAAUAAUCAGCCUGCUCAGCCACCCCGGCAAGUCCCAGUAGAACUUAAGAGAGCCUGGAGACCUGUACUUUGGGGUGAAAAUGAUGAAAUACUGCAUGAAGUGAAAGAAUUCAAGCCCAGCACUGAGGUUGUCAGAAUUGUGCUGUAUGGACCGACUGGAGCUGGAAAAUCCUCCUUCAUCAACUCAGUGCAGAGGGUUCUCUUAGGCCGUAAUGCCAUGAGUGCUCUGGAAAACUCCACAUUUACAGGAACAAGCUUUACAAAAGAAAUGAAAAUACACAAGAUAAAGAGAGGCAGAGAUGAGCAUUACCCUUUCGAAAUUGUUGACAGCAUGGGGUUUCAAAAUCCUGGAGGGAUAAAGCCUGAAGACAUCAUAAAUGCAAUCAAAGGUCACAUUCCAGAUAAGUACUGUUUUAAUACUGAUUCUCCCAUAUCUCCUGAGAAACCAGAAUACCAAAAGAACCCAACAUUGUGUAAUAAGGCUCACUGUCUGGUCACCAUUCUGCCUGCAGAGUCUGUCUCAAGAAUGGACAAGAGUGUCUUCAACAAAAUGUAUUUCGUGAGAGAGAAAGCAAGUGAACUGAGAAUUCCUCAAGUCAUUGUCAUGACUAAAGUCGAUAAAGCAUGUGAGCUGGUUAAUCAGGAUAUAAAGAAAAUCUACACCAGCAAGAAGAUCAAAGAUAAGAUUCAAGAGUGCAGCAUUAACACAGGCAUCUCAAAAAAUGCCAUCUACCCGGUGAAGAACUACGAUGAAGAGAUCACCCAAGAUGCUGAUGUUGAAAUGCUCAUCCUCGCAGCAUUAAGAGACAUUCUAAACUUCGCCAAUGAUUAUGUGGAUCGUGUGUUGGAAGAAGAAGAGUAGUAACAGAAAAACUAAAGUAUAGAGUCAGUAAAAUAAUCAGUAAAAGUUUUAAAUAUGUUUAAAAAAUGUGCACAAGUACUACAGUACAUAAAAUUUCCAAUGAAUAGUAUAUCACUAAUAUAAUGCCCCAUAAGCUGUUUUUAAAUAUUACAUUAAUGACUGCAGAUUUGGUUUAAAUGAGAAAUAUGGCAUCAAUCCACAAUAUGGCUGCGUUGGAAAAUGAUGCUUUUUACUUGACCUGUCAUGGUGCUGCAGGAAAUCAAUGAUAAUGUCACACUGUGAUUUGAGUUAUGCAGAUUUUCGGUUAUUAAUACAGUAUAUC